AUGUCGUCCGUCAUCAACGUCGAGUACAAGGGCCGUGUCGCCAUCAUCACCAUCGACAAUGAAAAGAAACUCGGCGCCCUCAACCUGGACCAAUACUUUGAGCUAGCCACCAAGAUGAACGAAGUCGCCGCCCACGACGAGGUCUACGUUACCGUGCUCAUCGGCAAGGGCCGCUUCUUCUCGGCUGGCGCCGACGUCAGCUCCGCCCUCUCCGGCCCACCCCCAGGCUCAUCCACCUCUCCGCACCGCCACAUCCUCAACACCUUCCUCGUGAACAACCUCACUUUAACUCGCGCCUUCUACUCUCACCCCAAGAUCCUCGUCGCCGCCCUCAACGGGCCCGUCAUCGGCCUCUCGGCCUCUCUCGUCUCCAUCGCCGACUUCAUCUACGCCACACCUUCCACUUUCCUCCUGACACCCUUCUCGUCUCUCGGGCUCGUCGCCGAGGGUGCGGCUUCCAAGGCUCUCGUUAGGAGGCUUGGUCCCGCGAGGGCUAAUGAGGCGUUGCUUAUGAGCAAGAAGUUGACUGUUGAUGUGUUGAAGGAGUGUGGGUACUUGAAUGAGGUGUUCGAUGUUGGGAGUGGUGCUGGCGCCGAUGUGAGGUUUAGGGAGAGGGUGCUGAAGGAGGUUGAUGAUAGGCUUGGCGAGCAUUUGGUUGGGGACAGUCUGCUAGGUAUCAAGAAGCUGAUUAGGGAGGGGGAGCUCAAGGAGUUUGAGGUUCAGAAUGUUUGGGAGGUCUUUGGUGGUGUGGACAGGUUGAUGAAGGGGAUUCCGCAGGAGGAGUUUAGGAAGAUUGCUAGCGGUGAGAAAAGGCAUAAGCUGUAG